GCUGCUAGCAGAAGGUCGGUGGGUGAAAGGACUCUGGACCUCUCUCAGUCAGCCAUGGAGCUUCAGCGUGCAGCAAUGGGCACCUUGUUCCUGCUCACACUGCUCUCAUCCGAGUGCUGGGGCAGGAAUGAAGAGGAGCGCAUCAUUGACUACCUGUUCAGAGAGAAAGGAUACAACAAAGAGCUGCGUCCCGCUGAGAAGCAGCAGGAUGUUGUCGACGUGUACCUCGCCCUCACACUCUCCAACCUCAUCUCUCUGAAAGAAGCAGAUGAGACGCUGCUGACGAAUGUGUGGAUCGAACAUACGUGGACUGACUACAGGCUGACGUGGGAUUCGGAGGAGUUUGGUGGCAUUGAUGUUCUCCGCCUGCCGCCGCGGAUGGUGUGGCUGCCGGAGAUCGUUCUGGAAAACAAUAAUGAUGCCCAGUUCGAGGUGGCCUACUACAGUAACGUGCUGGUGUAUAAUAAUGGUUUCUGCUACUGGUUGCCUCCGGCCAUCUUCCGCUCCUCCUGCUCCAUCAACGUUAAAUACUUCCCCUUCGACUGGCAGAACUGCACCCUCAAAUUCACCUCUCUGACCUACAACGCCAAAGAGAUCCAGAUGCUGCUGAAAGAAGAAUACGUUGACGAUGUUCGCAACCACACAGUGGAGUGGGUCGUUAUCGACCCUGCUAGCUGGACAGAAAACGGCGAGUGGGAGGUCGUCCACCGGCCGGCCAAGAGAAACGCCUACAAACACAUCCCCAUGGAGAGCAACAAGCACCAGGACAUCACCUUCUACCUGAUCAUCAAGCGCAAACCUCUCUUCUACAUAGUCAACAUCAUCAUCCCCUGCAUGCUCAUCUCCUUCCUGGCCUGCCUGGUCUACUACCUGCCCGCUGACAGUGGUGAGAAGAUGACUUUGUCCAUCUCUGUGCUGCUCGCUCAGUCUGUCUUCCUGCUGCUGAUCUCUCAAAGGCUGCCGGAGACGUCCAUGUCUGUUCCACUUAUCGUCAAGUACUUGAUGUUCAUCAUGGUGCUGGUUACAGUGGUCGUUUUAAACUGUGUGGUCGUCCUCAACCUGCACUUCAGGACGCCGAGCACGCACGUCAUGACUGAGUGGACCAAGAGGUUUUUCCUCGAGCGGCUGCCUCGCAUCCUGCGCAUGUCCCACCCCUCUGAGGAGGAGCCAGCCUGGGAUGGGGCGUUGCCACGGCGAUCGAGCUCGGUGGGUUACAUCACCAAAGCGGACGAGUACUACACCGUGAAGUCUCGCAGCGAGCUGAUGUUUGAGAAACAGUCGGAGCGACACGGACUCACAACUCGCAUCACCCACGCUGCACUGGUGAAGCCGCAGGACGAUGGAGGUGUGACGGAUCAGCUGUACUCUGAGAUCAAGCCGGCCGUGGAUGGGGCGAACUACAUCAUCAAACACAUGCGCAACAAGAACGAGUACAACGAGGAGAAAGAUAACUGGAGCGGCAUCGCUCGCACCGUGGACCGUCUCUGCCUGUUCCUGAUCACUCCCGUGAUGACCUUUGGCACCAUCAUCAUCUUCCUGAUGGGAAUCUGCAACUAUCCUCCACGUCUGCCCUUCGAAGGAGAUCCUCACGACUACAUGGAGCAUCAUGCACGUCUGCUGUAGGGGUGUGCGAUGUAUAUCGUCUACGAUAAUAUCGUAAUUGCCACGUUAACGAUGUGCGAGCUGAAGUUAUGGAGUAUGCUAAUGACUGUGGACAAAAACGACAAUCAGACGCCUCGGCUCUGCAUGUUCACGACUUUAUGCUUUAGUGUAUAGGCUGCUGCGUGUGCGCAUUGCGAGUGCUCAUACUGUGCGCUAGCAUAGCUGCCUUAACAACACACCUAAAGCUGGAAAUGAGUGAACACACUGUGCCAGCCGAAGAAAUUCAGACAUCGCCAGCCGUGCAGUCUACUGACUUAGAUUUAAUUCCUAGGCGAGGAGGUGUUUUGGAUCUGAAAAGACUGACACUGAUCAAAAGACGGCAGUUUGCAGACUUUGUAAGAAAGCGGAUAGCUCGACAACUAACCUGUCCCAUCAUCAAGGAGUAUGAGGAAUAUGAAAAGUUUCGGGACCCCGCUGUCCAAGAUAAACCUAAAGCAGCUAAGGUGUCUGGCAAAACGUACACUCAGCAAAUCUUGGCCUCCCCAUGACCCCGACUAGCCGGAUAAAGAGGAAGAUGAUGGAUGGAUGUUAAUAUCAUAGACAUGUAUAGCUAGAUGUGUAUUGAGCACGCUCACUUGUACAUCCAACGUAUUGGAUAUGGCAAAAUUGGCAAACAUAACAUGACAGAGAUGCUGCUCUCUUGUGCUGCAUGGAGUUGUUCGAACUGUUUUACUGUCGAAACGGGAUCAAAUUUGAAAAAUUGCCGAAGUUAAUGUGCCAAAAACACUAGUUUAAGUCUUAUAUUUUACUAGCUUGGACUUCUUUUAUGAACACAUUUUUUAAUAAUGCAAAAUAUUGUUUAUUAUUAUUAACAAAAUUACAGAAAAUAUUGAGAUAUACAAGAACACUAAAUAGAGCAGAGUUACUCUGGUGUUAUAACUCUAUUAUUUUGUGAUGAAAAUACUGUAGCUGCGUAU